CCCACCCCACCACCCGCACGCACCCGCGGACUCCGGCUGGAGCCGCCCUUGGUGACGGUCAGUGGCCUGGCUCCCGUGCACGAUCCGCCUGUCGCGCAGCCUCCGCACCUGUCGGACGGUGCGUCCCGGAGCGAGAGCCCUGACUCGGUUCUGACGAGGGAGGGUCAUGAUUUCACUGCCUGAACCCCCUGCCACCAACUGGCCGCUGUUUUUGUUCCUGGGGCUCAGUAUUCUCGCUUACCCCUCGAGGGCCCAGGUGAAGUUGCACAUGCCUGCUGGCCUUACGAAGCUGCAGGCCGUGGAGGGAAGAGAUAUAGUGCUCCCAGCCUGGUACACCCUGGAAGGAGAGAAGCUUUCGGGCCGACCAUGGGAAGUGCCCCUGCUCAUGUGGUUCCUGGAACAAAAAGGGAAGAAGGAGCUAAAGCAGGUGUUGGCCUACAUCAAUGGUACCGUGUCAGGCAACCCUGGAGUAUCCCUGGUCUACUCCAUGCCCUCCCGGAACGUGUCCCUGAGGCUGCAGGGCCUCCAGGAAAAAGACUCUGGCUCCUACAGCUGCUCCGUGAAUGUGCAAAACAAGGGCCAUGACAGCAAAACUGUGGAACUCAGCGUGCUGGUUCCUCCAGCGACUCCAUCCUGCAGUCUCCUGGGUGUGCCCCGGGUGGGGGCCAACGUGACCCUGAGCUGCCAGUCCCCAAGGAGUGACCCUUUGGCUCAGUACCAGUGGGAGCGGCUGCCCCCACUGGCUCAGGUUUUCUUUGCACCGGUUUUAGAUAACAUCCGUGGGUCUUUAAAGCUCACCAACCUUUCCACUUCCAUGUCUGGUGUCUAUCUCUGCACGGCCCACAAUGCAGUGGGCAGUGCCCACUGCAAUGUGACCCUGAAUGUAAUCACAGGGUCAAGAGCUGCAAUGAUUGCUGGAGCGGUUGUGGGGACUCUGGUUGGAUUGGUGCUGCUGGUUGGCCUGGUCCUCUUGUACGAACGCCAGCACCGGGGCAAGGUCCUAGAGGAUGUACCCAAUGAUAUCAAGGAGGAUGCCACUGCUCCGAGGACCCUGACCUGGUCCAAGGGUUCGGACACACUCUCCAAGAACGGAACUCUUUCCUCUGUUACCUCAGCACAAGCCCUCCGGCUGUCUCACACCGCUCCCAAGCCUGGCACACUGACCCCCGUGCCUGUGCCUAGCGUCUCCGCUCAGGCCCUCCCCUCACCAAGACUACCCAAGACAGAUGGGACCAACCCUCAGCCCGUGACCGUCAACCCUGGUGGGCUUUCUCACUCUGCUCUGAGACGCAUGGGUGCGGUAAAUGUGAUGCUACCUCCCCAGACUCAGGAUGGGUCUCUGGUGUGAUGGCUCAGGCACUCACAUCUUGUAAGGGUCAGCCCUAGAGCACAGACCUGAGCCCUGGGAGAGCAGCCAUACUCCAGACCUCCUGUCUUCCAACCUCACCUCUCUUCACUCUGGGAAAACUGGGUUUGAGUAAGACCCAAAUGUCCAGGAAGUCACAGGAGAAGAGGAAUUGAACCUGGGUUUGGUUGAGGGAGGAGGGCUCCACUCUUCCUUAAGCCAGCUGAAUCCUGCUGAGAUCGCCUGAUCUCCAAGGGCCCUGGAGAAGCUGCCAAUCUAUGAGCUCCCCAGCCUUCUAGGAUCUGUACCCCACCCCAUCUAAUGCCAUCCCUUGCUGCCUCCAGCUCCUUGCAUUAAUGUCCUGCUGGCCUGGUUGGAUUUGUUAGGGCAGAGGAUAGGAAAGGCAUUUUUAACACUAACUCCAAAUGUCUUUUUGUUUCUAUUUUGCAAAUUUCAAUAAAGAUACACUGUGUUUAUAUGGAAUAAGAAUCAAA